UUGCAACAAAAUUUAAAAUUUUUGUAUAUUAAAGCGAAGCAAAUUAUUUCUGUUUGAAAUCAUGUGCUCACCUUGCGGACCGUGUAGCCCAUGUGAUCCGUGCUGUGGACCCUUUGAAUGCUCUCCUAAGUGUUAUAAUGCUGCUCAAUUGGAGGCCUUACCGCAAUGUGCACCUCGCAUACCACCACCGUUUCCGAAAUGUAUAACUGUACAGCAACCGCCGAGGCUCAUAUGCAAAAAGCGUGUAGUUUUUACGGAGAAAAUUGUACCUGAGCCUAUGGUCGUAAAUCGAUGUCGUCAAAUUACUGUACCGAAAGUGGUGGACGCAACUCGUGUUAUUAAGGUUCCAAAACUUAUUUGGGUCUCACAAAUGGUUCGGGAGCCACGCGUUAUAUAUUAUCCAUCUAUGAUCCCAGAUCCCUAUGUAGUGUGCUAUCCGAAACGAGUUUGCGAACCCAGGGAAGUUUGUCAGUCUAUUUUGUGCCAACCAAAACCACAAACAAUCGAUAUACCACCUCCACGAGAAUAUUGUUGUUAUCCCAAUGGGCCAAUAAACUACAAGCCAAGUGCUGCGUGUCCACCGUGUCCUAUAGGCCCUUGUGCACCUAGUGGAGCUUGUUGUCCUCUUCCUUGCUUCUCUACUAAUCAAUAUCCAGUCUGUGAAACUCGCUGUGGACCUUGUGGACCUUGUGGACCUGGACGUUGUGCACCAUGUGGACCUGGACGAUGUGGACCAUGUGGACCAUGUGGACCAUCUGGACCAUGUGGACCAUGUGGAGGUACUUGCGCUGUACCUAAUUGUGGGCCAUGUGGUUUGACCAUG